CUCCUCCUCUAGGACCGCAGCAGCGCCCGGAGGAGAAGCCCGUGUGAGUAAGCACAUGAUGGUAGAGCACUAGCCCUGCAGUAGCCUGACACUCCGAUACCGCUCACCCCCCCCCCAGCUGAGGGCGAGAGGGGAUUCCUGUAACCCACCCCGGCUAUGGAUCCACAAGCAAACGAUCGGGCACAGUUGCCCAGAAAUAUGAUUGAAAACAGCAUGUUUGAAGAAGAACCUGAUGUUGUUGAUUUGGCCAAAGAGUCCAACCUAAAUCCUUUAGAAUCUGAUGACGUUGAAUAUGAACCAAGGAGCUCGCGGUUAUUGGUUCGGGGCUUGGGAGAACAUGAUCUGGAUGAGGACGAAGAGGAUUAUGAAUCCUCUGCAAAACUGUUGGGCAUGUCAUUCAUGAACAGAAGUUCAGGUCUCCGCAACAGUGGCUCAAACUUCAGACACACUCAAGAAGGACUGUGUCCGGUACCUUCUGCAAGGACAGUUAUUGUAUGUGGGGUGGUGGUCGUGAUUGCAAUUAGUAUUGUCACAGUGGUUUAUCUUCUUCCGAAGUGUACCUUCACCAAAGAAGGAUGCCAUGUAAAAAACCAUUCGAUGGAGCUAAUAUAUCCCAUAGCUUCUAACGGAAAAGUUUUCCCGUGGGCAAAAAACAGACUUCCACAUAGCGUCUUACCACUGCAAUACAAUAUCACUUUACAUCCUAAUAUGUCAACUAUGGCAUUUACUGGUUUAGUCCAAAUUAAGCUAAAUGUCACUGAAAACACAAAGAAUAUAAUACUCCACAGCUCAGGUCUUCAUAUCACCAAGGCAAGUGUCUUAUUAGAAGGGAAAUCACUGGAGAAGGUGGAAGUUCUAGAAUAUCCAGCGUUUGAGGAGAUAGCCGUUAUUUUGCCUGAACCGAUCAUCAAGGGAAAAGAGUGCAUUCUUUCCCUGGGCUAUAGUGCUAAUUUUUCAAGCUCCUACUAUGGAUUUUACAAAGUCUCUUACAUGGAUGGAAACAGUUCAAGGUGGCUUGCAGCUACCCAGUUUGAACCCCUUGCGGCAAGAAAAGCGUUUCCAUGUUUUGAUGAACCAGCGUUUAAAUCCACAUUCCUUAUCAGGAUCAAAAGAAACGAAGAGCACAUUUCUCUUUCGAAUAUGCCAAAGAUAGAAACAACCACUGUAGCAGAUGGUGUCCUCCAGGAUGAAUUUUCUACAAGCGUGGCUAUGAGUACCUAUCUGGUUGCUUUCAUCGUAGCAGACAUGAAGAACGUUUCAAAAGAAACAAACGAUACGAUGGUGUCUGUCUAUGCCAUACCGCAGAAAAUGGAUCAAGUCCAAUAUGCCCUGGAGUCAGCUGUGAAGCUCUUGGACUUUUAUACAAAAUACUUUGAAAUUAAAUAUCCACUCAAGAAAUUAGAUUUGGUUGCUAUUCCCGACAUCCAAGCAGGAGCAAUGGAAAACUGGGGGCUUAUUACAUUUCGCGAGACCACCCUUCUCUACGGUGAGAACAUCUCUUCUGUUAUGGAUAAACAAGAAGUCACCAUGGUGAUUGCACAUGAAUUGGCACAUCAGUGGUUUGGAAAUCUGGUGACCAUGGAGUGGUGGAAUGAUGUUUGGCUGAAUGAAGGCUUCGCAACCUACAUGCAGUAUUUUUCAUUGCAAUCUGCGUUCCCAGAUCUAAAUGCUGAUGAUGGCUUCUUGAAGCAACGUUUUAAGGCAUUGGAAAAAGAUGCAUUAAUCACAUCUCAUCCUAUAUCAACGGAUGUGCAGUCCCCACAGCACAUUGAGGAAAUGUUUGAUGAUCUGUCAUAUAUUAAGGGUGCUGCGAUUUUAUUGAUGUUGAAGAAUUAUCUCUCUGAAGAUAUUUUCCAUUUUUGCAUAAAACAGUAUUUGAAUAAUUAUGAAUACAGAUCGGCGACAAGUGAUGGUCUGUGGGAAAGUAUGAAUUUGAUCACCCAGUCAAAUCCAGAUAUGAAGAACUUGAUGAAGUCUUGGACCCAUCAGGCUGGCUAUCCUCUAGUAACAGCGAUAAAGAAAGGGAAAGAGAUACAUCUCAGCCAGGAACGAUUCCUACGAACUAAUAACCCAACAGAAAACUCCAGCACUGUGUGGCACGUUCCUCUUUCCUAUAUCACCAGUGACACCAGUGAAACUGCUUUUAAAAACGUCUACCUGCUAAACGACGUAAAGGACAAAAUUAAUCUCACCAGUGAAAACUCAUGGGUAAAGUUCAACGUUCGGAUGACUGGAUUCUAUUUAGUUGACUAUGGUGAUGAGGGCUGGAAUGGUCUCAUUGGACAGCUCAACUCCGAUCACACAGUUCUACAUUCCGACGACCGAGCCAAUCUGAUCCAUGAUAUAUUUGUGCUUGGGGGGGUGGGCAGAGUUCCUCUGACAAAAGCCUUUGACUUACUUUCAUACAUUGUGAAUGAAACCAAUGUUGCCCCCAUCAGACAAGUGAUACACCAACUCAGCCACAUCCAUGGUAUCCUAGAUAAGCGCGGUGAGACACUUUUGGCUGGAAGAGUGAUGCAUAAUACUUUGGAUUUACUAAAGAACCAGAUUAAAAACCAAAGUUGGACUGACGAAGGAACUCUGUCUGAACGAGAGCUACGAUCCACACUUCUGGAUUUUGCAUGCUCUUAUGAUUUUACGGACUGCACAUCUAAAGCCGCUGAGUGGUUUGACAAAUGGAAGAACAAUGGAACACAACUUCCCACGGAUGUUAUGAAGGUUGUGUAUAAGGUCGGAGCUAAAACUGAAGAAGGAUGGGGGUAUCUCUUUGAAGUCUAUGCUUCGUCCAUGUUUGAAACCGAAAAGCUCAAAAUAUUGGAAGCACUUGCAAGUACAGAUAAUGCCAGAAAACUACUUUGGCUGAUGCAAGAGAGUCUUCGUGGAAACCUCAUAAGGUCCCAGGAUCUGCACAGAAUUAUUACUUUUAUCAGUAGACAUGUACCCGGUUAUUUGGUGGCCUGGGACUUUGUGAAACAAAACUGGGAUGAAAUCAAUCAAAAAUUCCAGCCUGGAUCAUACAUUAUACAAACUGUUGUUACCAAGACAACUUAUCAGUUUUCCACAGAAACUUAUCUAAAUGAGGUGAUUUCUUUCUUCAACUCAACAAGUGGCAAGAGCAGAGACAUGUGGUGCGUUAAGGAGGCUAUUGAGACGAUCAAGAUGAACAUCCAGUGGAUCAAGCAGAACCUGGACAGCAUUAAAAAUUGGUUGUAGCGUUCACCAAGUGGCUCAGAAGGUUUUUCUUUUAUUUCCACAAGUGAAGAUUAACAAGGAAUCUGCAACAUGGUUUGCACUACUAGGAAGUUAUCGAUGGCUCAGGGCAAAAAGUAAAAUCCCUUUCCUUUCCUCUUUUGCGUGAGUGGAGAGAAUGUAUUUAUUGUGGCGUACUGAACCCAAUGGUAUGGCUGUCCGACUCGAGCUAAACCGAUUACUCAGAGACCAUUGCGUUUCAUUUACAAGGCUAAAAAGAUGGUUUCUGGGCAGGUGCCGUCGAAAGUCAAUACUAUCUUCAAUUAUUUGUAUAUAAUGAUUGCAACCCUAUUGGUUACGAGUAAAUAUUAGUUGUUUGGCAUUUUGGGGAAGGAUUAAAAGGGAUGGGAAAAAGGAGGGCUAUUGAUAGCACAGAUUUUUAGUUUUUCAGGCUUGUUUGCUGGUUUCUUGGUUGUGGCUUAAGCUAAUGACAUACAUUGAUUAUUACACCUUUUUAUGGGAACAUGUUUUCGUAUCCUGCAAUACCCUAUGAAUAGCACUGUGUUUUCUAAUGGAGUAGAGAUGGUAAGAGGCAGCUGCCUCGUUUAACCUAGAACAGAGACCCAGAUUCCUACUGAAACACUUUUGUGUGUGUUAAUUCCUACUUGCACUUGAAUCGGUUUCUAUAGUUCUAUCUCUGCUCCAGAAAGUUUUCUGAACAUUUAAAGAAAGAAAAUAAAAUAUGAAUCCGUUCAGUUUUUAUAGUGUUUUUUGCUUUUGUUUUUUUGAGAAACGACAAUUUUCUUGGGGGUAAUAGCACUGUUAACUUUUUAUGCGGACUUGAUACUAUGCUUGAACACUUUGUGUAAAAAAAUAAAUAAAAAUAUUAAUAUAAUUUUUUUUCUUUGUAUAAAACAUUAAGUAUGAUUGGGUUUUUUCUGCAUUUUCAGAAGCAGGAGUAAGCAUUCAGACGUGAGCACAAGUAUCUUUCUAAUAAGUGACAUUCUAGAACUGGUUACAAGCUUGUUUGUUUAUCAAGAAUUAAUGAGAAAAAGUCAAAAUAAAUAGAUACAAUCCCCACA